CUUCAGCGACAGGAGAGCUAGCCAAUCGCGUUUCUCUUAUGGCCAAACCAGGCUUAGAAGGUUAUGGAGGAUGUCAUUAGUUUGGGGAACUAUGUUCAAUGUAGUAAGAGUUACAGCCCGGAGUCUUGGAAGGACGUCUUCUCAGACGCUUCACGGUGCUAGGCAUCCUGUCCUCUUCCGAGCACCACCGGUUAACCUGUAUUUGGUUUCUGCUGGGAACCGCCGCUGGAACAGCUCUUCAAAAGAGGAGAAGCCGAGCGACCCCAAGCUGGCUGACUAUAAAGUCUCCCUCAGUGAAUCGUGUGUGAAGAGACUGCAAGAAAUCAUGGACAAGGGGGAGUACCUGAGAAUUCGGGUAGAGGGGGGAGGGUGCUCUGGCUUCCAGUACAAGUUCUCCAUUGACAGCACGAGGAAUGAAGAGGACAGGCUGUUUGAGCAGGGUGGUGUGGGCAUCAUAGUGGAUGAGCAGAGUCUGGAGUUUGUUAAGGGCUCCAUGGUGGACUUUAGCGAGGAGCUGAUACGCUCCUCCUUCCAGGUUCUCCGCAACCCGCAGGCAGAGCAUGGCUGUUCCUGUGGGAGCUCAUUCUCAGUUAAGCUGUGAGGACUUUGCCAGCAGAAGAUUAGUAGAGAUCCCCAACGUGUGGCUUUUGGUAGAACAAUAUAUAAAAAGGCCUAUUAUGUAAUAGUAUAAAUACUCACAGAGCCAAUCUACUGCUUCAGUUGCACUAAAGAUUAUGAUUAAAAUCACUUGCUGCCCGAGAUCUCAACUAAUGGUGUAAUCGGUAGAGGACCAUUGAGUCUCAAAGGACUGGCUUUUUUUGCCAGUCAAUUUAAAUGCAGGAGCUGUCGGCGCUGUUACUUUCAGCGCAGGUAUCCAUUUUAGUAUAAUAAUGCAAAAGCAAAGAUGGGAAGUUGAGCAGACAUUUAACCUGAAUCUAUUUUGAGUAGAUUGUUUUUAAUUAAGCAUAUAAAUACACUGUAUUUGAAAGUUUUGGAAUUUGUGUGUUUUUUUUACUGGUACAGUAGUAUCUCCACUUUAUGAGAGAAAGGGGGACAUCAUUUCAUUACUUAUGUUUGGAAAUGGUUUGGAUAGAUCAAUGUUAAAUAUUCAGAGUUUGCAUGUACUGCUUGUCUGUAUGUAAAUAUGUUGUAUUUUUUUCUGAAAGUACAAUAAAUAUUUAAAGAAA